CAUAUUGUGGGCGGGGAUCAUUUAUUCAGACAAAUAGGCAAGUUGUGUGUGUAAUAUUGAACAGUGUGUUUAUCCACCCACUAACAACGAUUCCACCCACUUUUAUAUCAACUAGCCACAAAGAACACUGCCAACAAAAUGUCCAGCAAACUGACCAUUGAUGAUCUCCAUGAGAUAACAACAGAGCUGCUACCAGCUAGAAACGAAUGGCAGGAAAUAGGAACGGCUCUAGGUCUUAAAGCAUCCGACAUACAAGGAAUAAACAGCACAAAACCGCAACGAGCACUUUCAACAGUGUUGACUACUGCCCUCCAAAGGAGAUCAGAUCUCACCUGGGGAAAACUUAUUGACGUCUUAAGAGAACCAUUAGUAUCACAAGAUGCUCUAGCAAACAAACUAGCAAAAAAAUAUGGAGCUUCAACGAUGCCAGACAGUCGAACACUCCCAAAAAACUUAAGCUCUAAAGAAGACUCCAUUGAUGGUGUACCACCACCAGACGAAGACCCUGAUAGUCCACAACUAUAUUCAAUGAAGAAUCGACAAGCUCUGAUCAUCAACAUCGUCAAGCACCCAACGAAAGAGAGACACGGCUCAGACAAAGACAAAGAUGCACUGGAAGAAACGUUAAAAAUGCUGGGAUACACUGUGCAUAUUGAAACAGACCUAAAACGCGAUGAGAUAAUUCCAAAAGUUCUCGAACAUGCAGAAAAAGACAAACACUGCGACAGUUUUAUCUGCUGCAUCUUGGCACACGGUAAUCAGGGUGUGGUAUUUGGGUCAGAUGGAAAGGAAGUCGAGAUAAAAAAAAUUUCAAAGGAACUUAACACGAUAAAACAGUUGAGAGGGAACCCGAAAAUAUUUUUUUUCCAAGCUUGUCAGGGAAGUGAUGCUCCAAAAGGUAUAGCUGCGACUGAUAAUGUGUCCAGUGUAAGUGGUGCUAAGCCUAUAGAGAUAGAUGUAGCCAUUCCGAAACUGCCUCGAGAUAGCGACUUCUUCUACGGCUGUGCAUCGUCUUUUGAAACUGUUUCCAUGCGAGACCACAACGAAGGCUCACUGUACAUACAGGCCCUUUGCCGAGUCUUAAAGAGAAAGUACAAAAAAGAAGAUCUUAUAACCAUGGUUACCAGGGUCCACUAUCAAGUUGCUGGGGAUGAACGACAACUACCAACGGGCGAGUCCUACCAACAGCAACCACAGCUAGUGUCCACUUUAAGGAAACUAGUGAAGUUUUAGUUCGUAGAACAUGCAUACAGACGUAGCAACAUCCAGUUAGUUUUAACAAGAAAUGUACGUAUAUAAGGCAAUUUAGCACAAGGUUAGUGUAGGUAGGAGAUAGUAUCAUUAUAAUUAUACAUGUACAUGCAUGCACAUGUAUAAUUAUAACGAUACUGACAUGUAUAGUACUACAUACACACACUUACGUUUUGUUAAUUCCCAGUUUUUUUAGCCUCCUCAAUUGAAUUGCUGAAAAUGUUCUCUUUCCA